AUGGACCCCAGAACUUGGCGUACCGAUAUUUUCACAUCAACAUUUCUGAUACUCCUGCGGUACAAUGAGUUCUACGGGGAAUUCGGUGCUUCUGGAGCCCAAUGCGGCCCCCAAAGAGAGGUCUUAUGCGGUUGCCAUGCCGGAGCCUUCCUAGAUAGCCUGGCUGGAGAAGAAGAGAUCAAGCCUACGAAAAUCAGUGCUCGAUAUCCCGUGAAAGUGACACCCCUACUCUACGCAACCUGCGCCUUUGGUAGCUUUGGGGAUGCACUGUUUGGUUAUAAUUCCGGUACGAUAUCCCAAUUAGAUAGCGCCACCACCAUAGCGACUGAUGUUGGAAUAUCGGUUGCUUGUCUACAGGCGUCAGCUGCCGUCGGUGCGCUGAUUGCAGGUUGCCUCGGCGAUACGGUGGGACAAAAGAAAUGUGUUCGCAUUGGUGCCUUCAUUUACUUCUUCAGUGCAUUCAUCCAGAUGUUUGCCUCUGGAUUUGGGACAUUCGUCGCGGGCCGUACCAUACAGGGAUUGCGUGUAGGGUUUCUCUCCAUGACAGUGCCUAUAAUUCAGACCGAGAUUGCUGCACCCCAUCGCCGUGGAUUAAUGGUCGGCAUUGAGUACACAUUCUUGAUCGCCGGAUACAUGCUCUCUUGCUGGGUAGAUUACGGAUUCAACUUCCUCCUGCCAAGUGAGAUGUCAUGGCGACGCCCCUUCAUCAUCCAGAUUACUCUGUCCUUCGUCCUGUUGAUCAUGCCCUUCUUCCUACCAAAAACACCCCGAUGGCUUGCAAUCAAUGGCUUCAUGGACGAAGGUUUGCAAACAAUCACAGACCUCCAUUCAAAUGGCAACACGGAGGAUGAGCAAGUUCAGAAGGCUUUCUUUGAGAUUCAAGAAGCAUUCAUCUACGAAACCAACCUUGGUAAAUCCACGUGGAUCCAGCUGACAUGGAACGUACAGGAAAUGUUUACCCGGUACCGCAAACGAACUAUUGUUGGAAUCGCCGUGCACAUGUUCGCGCAGAUCAACGGAAUCAACAUUAUCUCUUUCUACCUUCCAAGUACCCUCGCUAGCGCUGGGUCCGACAACCGAAAAUCUCUCUUGUUCACCGCGGCGAACGCCCUCCCCUACACUGCGGCAAUAAUCGUAACUUGGUGGCUCGUAGAUAGAUGGAGGCGGAAACCCCUGCUCAUACUCGGCGAGAUCUUCCCGCUGCGAGGCCGCAGUAAAGGUAUGGCCUUGGCUACGACAAGCAACUUUUUGAUUGGCAUGGUAUCUCCAGAUGCCUUUGCCGCCGCACUAGUAUACUUCUACUAUUUCGAGACAGAAAACCAUCCACUUGAGGAGAUCAUAGUUGCGUUCGUUGCGUUCGUUGCGUUCGUUGCGUUCGUUGCGUUCGGUGAUAAGGCGUUUGCAGACCAUGACACAGAAGUUAUGGAGAUUGUUGACGCUAAGAACGAUUUGGGGAGUCUCGAGUGUGAAAGAACACUCAUUUGUCUCAAAUCACUCAUCCCAUUCUCCCCACGAGGCAAGAAUGUGAUUUCAACAUUAUUUCACCUGGUCGCCCAGACCCAGAACGGUGCCAAUGAAUACGAAAGGAUGAUUUAA